AUGCAACUGCAACAUACAAAGGGCACUAUAGGAGCUCAGACUCGAUCCGACACUACUGCUCCGAUGCCGCCACUACCACAAGCUCUUCUGGCUGUAGUCAUCCUUUCCGUUACGAUUGCGGUCACUGCGGCUCCGGCUACGGUAAGAUGA